GCUGGCAUUUUUGGUUUUACGACAGUAAUUUAAUGGCUACGUUGACUCAUGUUGUACGUGUAAGUACUCACACAAGUGACACAUCACAACAACGUCACACAGGACUGCUGCCAUUUUCUCGAAUGCAACCGGAAAUCUUACGCGACACACGUUCGAAGCCCUUGUUAACAAUCUAGUAUAGAUAUCUGAGGGUAGAAGUGGGUGUGAGACCUCUUGUGGAGUACCCGUGAACUACGGUUUUAUUAUAUUUCCAGAAUUACCAACCGUCGAUUAUCUGCUGAAAUCAAGCACUUUUCAAUUAUCUUUUGAAGGCGCUAGGUAGUCAUGUAGCUUCCAUAACCAAUAUCAAUAGAGGGACACGCACUUAUUUAUUCAAAUACAACUCCAAAGUUUACAUAGGUAAUUGUACGCCAAGUGGAAAACAUAGGUGGACGAUCGGAAUAAUAAUUGAUAAAGAAGCUCGUCCCGUUUGCUUUUCGUUGCUUUCCAAGCUUGAAAACAUACAUCGUGCGGCUACACGUCUUUGUCGGAGGCAACUGUACGGAGGCGAUACAUGGGGCUGCGCAGAAUCGUAUCGGCUAACACGAGUUAGACGAGCCGUAUUUAAUUGUGCAUCAGUGUGAAAAGGGACCUUGGAAAGAAUGUUGUCGAUAGUACGUACGGUCUCGUCCUCGAUAAUUAUUCUUUUAAUGCUCGAGUGUUAUUCGGGUGAGUGGUUGGAACGGCAUCGUCGAAAAUCACGAACGACGUCGUGUAGCGCGCGCGAGCUCGCAGCUCGAAUCGAGAAGUGUCUGGAAGAACUUCGUUGGCAUCACGAUCGCAAAUCGGGGUGAUCGGGGACGAAUACGACGUCACGACGGUCACUUUCGACCUCAAAAAUAGCCCGACAAUUCCGCCGAAUGAGCGUUCGACGUCGAACAGUUGCCGCAGAAUUUGUUCUCGAAAAUAUAUCGUGCGAUCAUGCGCGAUUCCACACCUGUCUCUUUUUAUUAGUGUGCUCGAUAUUUUCAGGAGCCCGCGGUUCCUCGAUUAGGUCCUUGGACGUGCCGCUCGUCGUUCGCAAUGGAACCGGACCGGUGGAUCUCGCCUGCGUUUACGAGAUUGACGACAAAGAAAAUGGACUUGUAAUCAAAUGGUUCCACGAAGCAUAUCAGAUUUACCAAUGGAUCCCGCCGAUGCCACCGCAAGACAUCGGAGUUAUUAAGGGUCUCGCAGAAUAUCCGGUCGAGAACUUGAGGGACCCGAAUUCGCGUUCCGUAAUACGACUGAAGACCGUCACCAUUGAUAUGACAGGGGAAUACACGUGCGCAAUCAGCACAUUCCAGGACGAGGCGAGCAACUCGACCAAGAUGAUCGUCUAUGUGCCAGAAAGCGACAUGACCGUACGCACUUAUCCUUUCAACAAGACUCAUGUGAAUUUAACCUGUGUGGUGACGGGUGCGCGACCUCGACCAUCCUUGAAGCUCUACGUCGAAGGUGUCGAGAGUAACGAUCGCGGGAUCAAUCGUGAGUCUUCGACGGAUUGGUACAAGAGUAAUCCUCGGGUGUCGCUGAACGUGAUCGUCGAGGACACGAUGGAUCCUGCGGUAGUCGAGUGCGAGAUGUUGAUUCCCGAAACGGAGUACAAGCGACGAGAACGGAUCGUCUACUACCCCACGCAAUUACUAGCCUAUCGCACAAAUGUAUCACAAGGAAGAUACCGCGCGAAGUUGCUUAUCAAUAUCCUUUACGUUACUAUUCUCAGAUUGAUAUUAACGUAGGAUUAAAUUAGUUCAAUCUCCGCUACAAAUAGUGCUGACAAGUUAAAAUAGCAGGUAUUUAAUGUAAUCUAAUUUUAGAGCUUAAGUAUUAAUUCUCUUGGCGCUGAAUGAUGAAAUAAUAGUACGCGCUUCUCUUUUUAAUAACGUUAUUAUUAUCUAAAAUUGUGUGUGUGUUAUGAUUAUUAUUAUUUAUCUUCGCUAUUAAUAAGAUUACACAUUCCUUUUCAUAUUUAUUUUACAGUAAAAUAAAACACAUUCACGUUGUAGUCUGAGUAGAGAUGAUUUAUCGAUUAUCGAUAGAAUUCAGAUUUGCAUUAAAUAAACUAUAAAAUGCAUUAUUUUAUUCAUCUGUUAAUUUCGACGAACUACUAUGUCUCCUAUUAGCAGUUUUGUUGAAAUUUGCGCAUCAAAGUUUUCACACAAUUUUGUAAUCUCUCUCUCGUUGUUUUUUACAAAUUUUAUAUUCUGCAAAAUGUGCACCGGAAUAUAUAAAGAAUAAUGUUCUUUAUCUCGCUUCUUUUUGCACUGAAUACUGCAAAGAAUGUGUGAAUUUUUAAAAGAGAUUUCAAUUAACUUGCAUUUAAUUCCAGUUGUACUUUCCUUCGUCUAUUCUCGAACUAUUCUCGUCAAACUAUGUGUAACAAAUCUAUUUUUAUUCUGUACGGCUCGUACAACAAGAUUCCAUUAAUACAAGCUGUUGAUUUAUUUAUAUUUUUUUUUU